AAGGACUACUGAGAGUCAUACAAACGCCACGUCUCCUGUCUGGCUUAUAUGCAGCAGGGUCCUGAGUCAGCAGAGGUGUCACGAAGUGAGGAAUUUUGUUGUGCUUUUGAGCCAGGGCCCAGGUUCAUGUCAAACUGAGGACUGUCACUACUGCUGAGAGGAUGCAGACCAGUGGAUAUACUCUACAUCCUGUUCCAAAGACACAGCAUCUCACAGUGGAGUCGAGCAGAGCAUCUGUACACACACGGGCUCAAGAGAGGCUGAAACGGGGACAGGCGCUGGGGAUACUUAAAGGAAGAGCAAUGUUCUGUGAUGGUGCCCGAGAUGCGUGGACUGAGCCCAGGCCGCAGGCUGCCGGAGCCCACGCCCUGCCCGGCUGCGGGCGGGAGCCCUGAGCCCCGGCCCGCGGGACCCCGCUGCCACCACGUGCUGGCCCUGCCCGAGGAGGAGGCAUGGCGGCCCCAGCAGUACACCGCCCUGCUCGAGGCCGACGCCUCGGAGGAGGCGGGCAUGCUGCCGGCCUCCCCGCGCACCGCUGCUGCCUCCGGCUUCGACAACUUCUUCCCGGUGCAAGAGGGCGAGGGCCCUGGCUGGGAGGGCAGCUCCAGCCCCUUCCUCCCCGUAAGCCCCGAGGUGAUGAAGCGGCGGCGUGGGGGCCUCAUCGAGCAGCGCGACAUCAUCAAGGCCCACGAGGCGCACAAGAUGCAAAGCACCCCGCAGGCCCGGCGCAAGGAGUGGGAGAUGGCUCGCUUCGGGGAGGCGGUGGUCGGCAGGCCGGGGUCGGGUGACGGAGACUCGGACCAGAGCAGGAACCGGCAAGGAACCCCGGUGCCGGCCUCUGGACCGGCGGCCGCCUACAAGCAGUCGAAAGCGCAGAGGGCGCGGACUAUGGCUUUGUACAACCCCAUUCCCGUCCGGCAGAACUGUUUCACCGUCAACAGAUCCCUGUUCAUCUUCGGAGAAGAUAACAUUGUCAGGAAAUACGCCAAGAAGCUCAUCGAUUGGCCGCCGUUUGAGUACAUGAUCCUGGCCACCAUCAUCGCCAACUGCAUCGUCUUGGCCCUGGAGCAGCAUCUUCCCGAGGACGACAAGACCCCGAUGUCCCGCAGACUGGAGAAGACAGAACCAUACUUCAUUGGAAUCUUUUGCUUUGAAGCUGGGAUCAAAAUUGUGGCCCUGGGGUUCAUCUUCCAUAAGGGCUCGUACCUCCGCAAUGGCUGGAAUGUCAUGGACUUCAUUGUGGUUCUCGCUGGCAUCCUGGCCACUGCAGGAACUCACUUCAACACACACGUGGACCUGAGGACCCUCCGGGCUGUGCGUGUCCUGAGGCCCCUGAAGCUCGUGUCAGGGAUACCUAGCCUGCAGAUUGUGCUGAAGUCCAUCAUGAAGGCCAUGGUGCCUCUUCUGCAAAUCGGCCUCCUGCUCUUCUUUGCCAUCCUGAUGUUUGCCAUCAUCGGCUUGGAGUUCUACAGCGGGAAGUUGCACCGCGCAUGCUUCACGAACAAUUCAGGUAUUCUAGAAGGCUUUGACCCCCCUCACCCGUGUGGCGUGCAGGGCUGCCCAGCUGGUUAUGAAUGCAAGGACUGGAUCGGCCCCAACGAUGGGAUCACCCAGUUCGAUAACAUCCUUUUUGCUGUGCUGACUGUCUUCCAGUGCAUCACCAUGGAAGGGUGGACCACCGUGCUGUACAAUACCAAUGAUGCCUUAGGAGCCACCUGGAAUUGGCUGUACUUCAUCCCCCUCAUCAUCAUUGGCUCCUUCUUUGUUCUCAACCUAGUCCUGGGAGUGCUUUCCGGGGAAUUUGCCAAAGAGAGAGAGCGAGUGGAGAACCGGAGAGCGUUCAUGAAACUGCGACGCCAGCAGCAGAUUGAGCGGGAACUGAACGGGUACCGUGCCUGGAUAGACAGAGCAGAGGAAGUCAUGCUUGCUGAAGAAAAUAAAAAUUCUGGAACGUCAGCCUUAGAAGAGGGCAGUCUCUUUUGCAGCCUCAUUUCCUCUCUUUACUUCUCCCCUGUAGGCACACCUCUUGCGCGAGCCAGCAUCAAAAGUGCAAAGGUGGACGGGGCCUCCUACUUCCGGCACAAGGAAAGGCUUCUGCGUAUCUCCGUCCGUCACAUGGUUAAAUCCCAGGUGUUUUACUGGAUUGUGCUGAGCCUGGUGGCUCUCAACACCGCCUGUGUGGCCAUCGUCCACCACAACCAGCCCCCGUGGCUCACUCACCUCCUCUACUAUGCAGAAUUUUUGUUUCUGGGACUCUUCCUGUUGGAGAUGUCCCUGAAGAUGUACGGCAUGGGGCCCCGCCUUUAUUUUCACUCUUCUUUCAACUGCUUUGAUUUCGGGGUCACCGUGGGCAGUAUCUUUGAAGUGGUCUGGGCAAUCUUCAGACCUGGUACAUCUUUUGGGAUCAGUGUCUUGCGAGCUCUCCGGCUUCUAAGAAUAUUUAAAAUAACCAAGUACUGGGCAUCCCUGCGGAAUCUGGUGGUCUCCUUAAUGAGUUCCAUGAAGUCGAUCAUCAGUUUGCUCUUCCUUCUGUUUCUCUUCAUCGUCGUCUUUGCUCUCCUAGGAAUGCAGCUCUUUGGAGGCAGGUUUAACUUUAAUGAUGGUACUCCUUCGGCAAACUUUGACACCUUCCCUGCAGCCAUCAUGACUGUAUUCCAGAUCCUGACGGGUGAGGACUGGAAUGAGGUGAUGUACAACGGCAUCCGCUCCCAGGGCGGGGUCAGCUCUGGCAUGUGGUCCGCUAUCUAUUUCAUCGUGCUCACCUUGUUUGGAAACUACACGCUGUUGAACGUGUUCUUGGCCAUCGCCGUGGACAACCUGGCCAAUGCCCAGGAGCUGACGAAGGAUGAGCAGGAAGAAGAGGAGGCCUUCAACCAGAAGCAUGCACUGCAGAAGGCCAAGGAGGUCAGCCCGAUGUCUGCACCCAACAUGCCUUCAAUCGAAAGAGACAGAAGGAGAAGACACCACAUGUCGAUGUGGGAGCCACGCAGCAGCCACCUGAGGGAGCGAAGGCGCCGACACCACAUGUCGGUGUGGGAGCAGCGCACCAGCCAGCUGCGGAGGCACAUGCAGAUGUCCAGCCAGGAGGCCCUCAACAAAGAGGAGGCCCCGCCCAUGAACCCACUCAACCCCCUCAACCCCCUGAGCCCCCUGAACCCGCUCAAUGCUCAUCCCAGCCUUUACCGGAGACCCAGGCCUGUUGAGGGGCUGGCCCUGGGCCUGGAGAAAUGCGAGGAGGAGCGCAUCAGCCGUGGGGGGUCCCUCAAGGGGGACACAGGGGCCCUCUCAAGUGCCCUGGACAACCAGAAGAGCCCCUUGUCCCUGGGCAAGCGGGAGCCGCCGUGGCUGGCCAGACCAUGUCAUGGGAACUGUGACCCGACCCAGCAGGAAGCUGGGGGCGGGGACAGCGUGGUGACCUUCGAGGACCGGGCCAGGCACAGGCAGAGUCAGAGGCGCAGCCGGCACCGCCGUGUCAGGACGGAAGGCAAGGAGCCCUCCUCCAUCUCCCGGAGCAGGUCUGCCAGCCAGGAGCGGAGCCUGGAUGACGAUGUGGCCAUCGAUGGGGAGAAGGACCGCGAGCCCAGGGGCAGCCACGGGGGCAAGGAGCCCACGAUCCAGGAGGAAGAGAGAGCCCAGGACUUAAGGAGGACCAACAGUCUGAUGGUGCCCAGUGGCUCCGGGCUGGCAGGAUCCCUUGAUGAGGCGGACACACCCCUCGUCCUGCCCCAACCAGAGCUGGAAGUGGGGAAGGAUGGGACCCUGACGGAGCAGGAGACAGAGGGCAGCAGUGACCAAGCCCUGCUGGGGGACGUGCAACUGGACAUGGGCAGGGUCAUCAGCCAGAGUGAGCCUGACCUCUCCUGCGUCACGGCCAAUACGGACAAGGCCGCCACCGAGAGCACCAGCAUCGCCGUCGCCAUCCCCGACGUGGACCCCUUGGUGGACUCCACCGUAGUGCACAUUAGCAACAAGACGGAUGGUGAAGCCAGUCCCUUGAAGGAGGCGGCGAUCAAAGAGGAGGAGGAGGAGGAAGUCGAGAAGAAGAAGCAGAAGAAGGAGAAGCGUGAGACAGGCAAAGCCAUGGUGCCCCACAGCUCCAUGUUCAUCUUCAGCACCACCAACCCGAUCCGCAGGGCUUGUCACUACAUAGUGAACCUGCGCUACUUCGAGAUGUGCAUCCUCCUGGUGAUCGCAGCCAGCAGCAUUGCCCUGGCGGCCGAGGACCCCGUCCUGACCAACUCGGAGCGCAACAAAGUCCUGAGGUAUUUUGACUACGUUUUCACUGGCGUGUUCACCUUUGAGAUGGUUAUAAAGAUGAUCGACCAGGGCUUGAUUCUGCAGGAUGGGUCCUACUUCCGAGACCUGUGGAACAUCCUAGACUUUGUGGUGGUGGUUGGUGCGCUGGUGGCCUUCGCUUUGGCGAACGCUUUGGGAACCAACAAGGGGCGGGACAUCAAGACCAUCAAGUCGUUGCGGGUGCUCCGUGUGCUGAGGCCACUGAAGACCAUCAAGCGCUUGCCCAAGCUCAAGGCUGUCUUCGAUUGCGUGGUGACGUCCUUGAAGAAUGUCUUCAACAUACUCAUUGUCUACAAGCUCUUCAUGUUCAUCUUCGCUGUCAUCGCAGUCCAGCUUUUCAAGGGGAAGUUCUUUUAUUGCACGGACAGUUCCAAGGACACCGAGAAGGAGUGCAUUGGCAACUACGUGGAUCAUGAGAAAAACAAGAUGGAGGUGAAAGGUCGGGAAUGGAAGCGCCACGAAUUUCACUACGACAACAUUAUCUGGGCCCUGUUGACCCUCUUCACCGUCUCCACAGGAGAAGGAUGGCCUCAAGUCCUGCAGCACUCGGUCGAUGUGACCGAGGAAGACCGAGGCCCGAGCCGCAGCAACCGCAUGGAGAUGUCCAUCUUUUAUGUGGUCUACUUUGUGGUGUUCCCUUUCUUCUUUGUCAAUAUCUUUGUGGCUCUCAUCAUCAUCACCUUCCAGGAGCAAGGGGACAAGAUGAUGGAGGAAUGCAGCCUGGAGAAGAAUGAGAGGGCGUGUAUCGACUUCGCCAUCAGUGCCAAGCCCCUCACCCGCUACAUGCCGCAGAACAGGCACACCUUCCAGUACCGCGUCUGGCACUUCGUGGUGUCUCCAUCCUUCGAGUACACCAUCAUGGCCAUGAUCGCCUUGAACACCAUUGUGCUGAUGAUGAAGUACUACUCCGCUCCCUGCACUUAUGAACUGGCCCUCAAGUACCUGAAUAUCGCCUUCACCAUGGUGUUCUCCCUGGAGUGUGUCCUGAAGGUCAUCGCAUUUGGCUUCUUGAACUAUUUCCGAGACACCUGGAAUAUCUUUGACUUCAUCACGGUGAUCGGCAGUAUCACGGAAAUUAUUCUGACAGACAGCAAGCUGGUGAACACCAGUGGCUUCAACAUGAGCUUUCUGAAGCUCUUCCGAGCCGCCCGCCUCAUCAAGCUUCUGCGUCAGGGCUACACCAUUCGUAUUUUACUUUGGACCUUCGUGCAGUCCUUUAAGGCCCUCCCCUAUGUCUGCCUUUUGAUCGCCAUGCUUUUCUUCAUCUAUGCCAUCAUUGGGAUGCAGGUAUUUGGAAACAUAAAAUUGGAUGAGGAGAGUCACAUUAACCGGCACAACAACUUCCGGAGUUUCUUUGGGUCCCUCAUGCUACUCUUCAGGAGUGCCACAGGUGAAGCCUGGCAGGAGAUAAUGCUGUCGUGCCUAGGGGAGAAAGGCUGUGAGCCGGAUACCACGGCACCAUCCGGGCAGAACGAGAACGAACGCUGCGGCACCGACCUGGCCUACGUUUACUUUGUCUCCUUCAUCUUCUUCUGUUCCUUCUUGAUGCUCAAUCUGUUUGUGGCCGUCAUCAUGGACAACUUUGAGUACCUGACUCGGGACUCGUCCAUCCUGGGGCCUCAUCACCUGGAUGAGUUUGUCCGUGUCUGGGCAGAAUAUGACAGAGCUGCAUGCGGCCGCAUCCAUUACACUGAGAUGUAUGAAAUGCUGACUCUCAUGUCACCACCGCUAGGCCUCGGCAAGAGAUGUCCCUCCAAAGUGGCAUAUAAGAGGUUGGUCCUGAUGAAUAUGCCAGUAGCCGAGGACAUGACCGUCCACUUCACCUCCACCCUAAUGGCUCUGAUCCGGACAGCUCUGGACAUCAAAAUUGCCAAAGGGGGUGCUGACAGGCAGCAGCUCGACUCGGAGCUCCAGAAGGAGACCCUGGCCAUCUGGCCUCACCUGUCCCAGAAGAUGCUGGACCUGCUUGUGCCCAUGCCCAAAGCCUCUGACCUGACUGUGGGCAAAAUCUAUGCAGCCAUGAUGAUCAUGGACUACUAUAAACAGAGUAAGGUGAAGAAGCAGAGACAGCAGCUGGAGGAACAGAAAAAUGCACCCAUGUUCCAGCGCAUGGAGCCCUCCUCUCUGCCUCAGGAGAUCAUCGCCAAUGCCAAAGCCCUGCCUUACCUCCAGCAGGACCCCGUUUCAGGCCUGAGUGGCCGGAGUGGAUACCCUGCGAUGAGUCCGCUCUCCCCCCAGGAAAUAUUCCAGUUGGCUUGUAUGGACCCAGCCGAUGAUGGACAGUUCCAGGAGCAGCAGUCUCUGGAGCCAGAGGUUAGUGAAUUAAAAAGCGUGCAGUCCUCUAACCAUGGCAUCUACCUUCCUCCGGACACCCAGGAGCAUGCGGGAUCUGGGAGGGCAUCCUCUAUGCCACGCCUGACUGUGGAUCCCCAGGUGGCAACAGACUCCAGCUCCAUGAGACGUUCAUUUUCCACUAUUCGGGAUAAGCGUUCCAAUUCCUCAUGGUUGGAGGAAUUCUCCAUGGAGCGAAGCAGUGAAAACACUUACAAGUCACGUCGCCGGAGUUACCACUCCUCCCUGCGGCUGUCAGCCCAUCGCCUGAACUCGGACUCAGGCCACAAGUCCGACACGCACCGCUCAGGGGGCAGAGAACGAGGACGAUCGAAAGAGCGAAAGCAUCUUCUCUCCCCCGAUGUCUCCCGCUGCAACUCAGAGGAGAGAGGGACCCAGGCCGACUGGGAGUCCCCAGAGCGCCGUCAGUCCAGGUCUCCCAGUGAGGGCAGGUCACAGACCCCCAACAGACAGGGCACAGGCUCCUUGAGUGAAAGCUCCAUCCCCUCCAUGUCUGACACCAGCACCCCAAGAAGAAGUCGUCGGCAGCUCCCCGCAGUCCCUCCAAAGCCUCGGCCCCUCCUUUCCUACAGCUCCCUGAUUCGACAUGCGGGGAGCACCUCUCCCCCAGCCGAUGGAAGUGAGGGCGGCUCCCCGUUGACCUCCCAAGCCCUGGAGAGCAAUGACGCUGCUGGCUUGCCCGAGGCUUCCAGCUCCCGGCACACACGGCAGGGCCAGCACCCUUCCCCACAGCGCUACAUCUCCGAGCCCUACCUGGCCCUGCACGAAGACUCCCACGCCUCAGACUGUGGCGAGGAGGAGACGCUCACCUUCGAAGCAGCCGUGGCCACCAGCCUGGGCCGUGCCAACACCAUCAGCUCAGCCCCGCCCCUGCGGCACAGCUGGCAGAUGCCCAAUGGGCACUAUCGGCGGCGGCGGCGUGGGGGGCCGGGGCCAGGCAUGAUGUGUGGAGCUGUCAGCGACCUCCUGAGUGACACGGAAGAAGAUGACAAAUGCUAGAGGCUGCUCCCCCCUCCGAUGCAUGCUCUUCUCUCUCACGGAGAAAUCCAAGACCGAACUGGGAAGCCAGUGCGGCCCGGGGGGGAGGAAGAGGGAGGAAGAAGGUGGAAGAACACCGUGCGUUAUCAGACAAGAGGAAGGAAAGGACAAAAAGGCAAACCAGUCAAACCCACCAACUUGCAAGAUGGGCAUUGCCAUAGUUCUGCCUCUUUGCUGGGGAAAGAAACUACCAGAACAUGGAGGGUUGUUCCCAGGGGAGAGGGGACAGCAGUAUGGCUCUGCUGCCACUGCCCCUUCCCACUUUUCUAAAAGCUGUGGAGGAGUCGAGCCGGCCUGUGUGUACACCCAUUGCCCUGCAAGGUCUGGAAGACUUGCUGCCUCUUAACUGGGGAGCCAUGGAGACCACAGGAGAAGUCUCCUUCCUCCCUCGCCAGCACCAUUGCCACUGGGCCAGCUGCAGCAGCCUCCCGUGCGUCACCCUGUGGCUUGCUUCCCCAAAGAAGCACAGACUAUGUUCAGGAGUGUCCGAUGCCAAGGGUAGGGGCAGGGAGUGGGGGAAAGCUGACAUGGAGGGGGUCAGGGUGCUGUGGCGGCAGCAGCAGCAGCAGCAAGGGCUGGUCUGGAUGAGCAAAGCCAUAGCCCAGCAGCCCACACUGUGGAGGAGAGAGCCAAAGAAGCAGAGAACUGGUGGUGCUGGUGGGUACAGGCCUGUCACCCACACAGUAGGUGCUUUGAGUGUUAGAAUAAGCUAAGGAGGUCCCCCAGGGUCCACAGAUGCGCCUGAGGCUCUGGUAAGGGUGAUAUUUUCAAAGCCUUGACCACCCAUAUGGCCAGGGCACCAGCUGAUGAGAAUGGAGUCCAGCCUUGGUGCUGGAGGCCCGUGCUGUGUCACGCGGAGCCCUGAGGGAGGGAUCAGUGUGACAGGGGCACUCAGGGGACUCAAGGCAGAGUCUGUGUUUCAACCAGCACAGAAGUAACUCAACAUGGGGAACAGUGCUGCGGCAGCACAUACUGGCCAGAAAUCAGCCCGGACCCUGGUCCCGGAGGUAGCGGGCCUCUCUGCCCAGCAGCGAGGCCAGUGCUGUGUCAGGGGCCCAGUUGUCCCUGCCCCUCCCCAGAGAGGACAGCAUAUCCAGAGUGGGCCACACAUCCGCUAGUGGGGACUGCUGGAGAGGUGACAGAUUGAAAUAAAAGCAGCUUUGAUAAGAGUCGGUCGGAGUUCACUGAGGACCUCCUGCGAGGAGGGACCCUCAGUCCAGAGCUCCUACAGCUGGUUGGUGGUUGAGGGUCAGUGCAUCAGGAAAUGUCAGUAAAUAUACCUCAGCUUAGACCUGGGCUGGUCCUUCUAGCAAAGCAGGCUCUGAUGGGGCCUUGUCACGUUGUGUGACAAGACUGGGGCCCUGAAUAUAUUUCUCUGGGCCAGGACUGUGCUUUACCCCUCCCCAGAGUAAAAGCUGAGCAGAAGACCGCCUCAGGCUAUCCCUUGAAACUCAGAAGCAUUGAGAAAAAGAGCCCUUAACUUGGCGAAUCGGUGUUUCUUUAGUAGACUUGUCCGGCAGGACACAUCCUUGUCUUUCUCUGGUAGAAAUGUCCCAUCCCCUUAAGUCCCUCCCCAGUCCCCCAGCACCAUCGCAGGAUCCCCUGGAGCGAAGGGCCAGGCAGGGCCCACCUUUCCCAGCCAGGAGCUCAUGGAGCCUGCUUCCCAGAACCCUCCCUGGGACAACCCAGAAGCCUCUGGACUGAGAUCACAGUGGAUCAACACGUUUCUCCUCCUCCAGCCCAGACUCCGCCUCUUAGGUAGGAGCAGUCGGUGGCUGUUAUUUUUCUUAUGAACUUUUGCUUUUUUGUUUUUUUCGUUGAAAUAAGGCAUUGCCACAUCAGCUCUGAAAAGCCAGACCCGACCCUGUGGCUGCAGAUUCAUUUGUCAUGACCCUGCCUUCUCUUCUAGAUAUUAAUGGAGCCUUGUGACCCUCAGCCCAUCCCGAAACCAAAGUAGUCCCAGGGCGGGAGAAGCAGUGAGGCAGAGAGGAAGCCCCCACUCCCCCACCCUCAGACUCUCUUCCAUUUUCCUCUCCCGCUAGGCCGUAGCUGGGCAUGUGACCAUGACUCGACAACACCCCAAUCCUCACAGGCAUGAUUGUUACAUAAGACUCUGACGCUAGGCCUUGGAUCCUAAAGGUUCCCUCUGCUCAGCGUCAUUUCGUGCCAAAGUGUUGCUAUGGGCAGCUUUGUGUGCACAAAUUUGCUUUCUUCCACCUCGGAAACGCAGCUUGCCCUAUGGACAGGCCUACAACAGGACGGCCAUUCUGCACCAAUGAGCCUAUUGCUUUGUUUUGAGAAAGGGAAUUGAAGUGAUAACCUUGAGCCAUUUCCACAGUAGGAGAAAUUCAGGCUGGCAGAGCAUUUACCGGAAAUGGAAUCUACCUACAAACAACAUUGCAAACACUAAAUGUACUGUGUCCAGGAAACCUUCCUGUUUCCUGGACACCGGGACACCUUACACAAGCAUGCCUUUGAGUCCUGAGUGGCAGAAAGCAGACACGGUCCUCUGACCAAUCACCUGGGUUUUUUAAGUUCCAGUAAACUCAUGAACUCUUUUAUUCAGCUUCCCCUGACCAAGAAAUCAGGUUUCUCAUCCCUUAGCCUGCAUUUUCCCUUCUAGUAAUACCAGAAAAUAAAAGAAUUUUCUGCAAAGUCACAGAACUCAUUAUCAUAAUCAUCUUCUAAUGGUUUCCUUCUGCCUCUGGUUAAACGUGAACUCCAACUUCCCUUGAAUUGCUGGUCAGGAUAGUCCUUCCUAGGGAUCAGAUUCUGCCUCUUCUUUUUCCCUUGAAGAGGCCCCUUUAGAUCCCAAAACCCUUGCUUCCAUUUGGAGUAAAAAUCAUGGCAGUAGCUUGAGGACCCCCAAGCAAAAGAGGAUGACUACUACCAGUGCUGAGAUACACAGCAUGAUACAUUUAGCACUGGAGGUCCCUUCAAAAGAAUCGUUAGCCAUAUGUCAAGUUUCCCAAGCUAAGCUUUGUCCUCAGCAUCUCCUAACACAAGAGAGAUUAGGAGAGUGUGUGCGUGUGGUCCAAAACUACCAGGCAGCCUUCAGGCAUGAACUCUAGACCCCAGAUCACAGUUCCCUCUUAGCCACGGUCAGGAAAGUAGGGGUGGUGCCCUUGAGUGUCCCCAAGGCUCAAUAUGAGCCAUCAACACAAUUGUCCGAUGUGGCCUAUCUAUCGAUUCUUCCAGCUGAAGAAUCUGUUUCUGUUGUGGGCUUCCCCGCUCCCCUGCAGGGCCCUGAGAUCGCAGAGAACUUUUCUCUGAAGCUGAGCUCCAGAUGUUCAGGAUUUUGAAUGCCCUGGACUCUCAGGCCACAUGGGAAGACCCCAUAUUCCAUAGCUCUGCCAGCAUCUCCCUUCCCUACCACAUCCUCCCCACACAGAGCCAGUGCGAAGCACCCCAGUGCCCCACGUUCUCCAUUCCAGCCCUUGUUUUGCUGCAUGUUAACAUUGACUCAGCUCCUAAAAUGGCUAAUUCCAUCCAAUCCAGGAUUAUUUGCUGACCCGCCUGCCUGCCUUUGCUAUACUCCCUGCGAUUGGAGAAUACUUCAUUCUCACAAUAUACAGUUGGGAACUCAUCAGGUGAUAUUCACAAGAUGACUUGGAAUGACCUAAGGUGCAGGACUGUUGGGGGUGUGUCUGAAAAGUCCACAUGCUCAAUGAAAGCCCACUGCAGGGAAAUUAGGUUUCUCCUGGCAUAAGGGAACACAAUUUAAUAAUUUUGGUCUCUUAAAAAAGUUCUCCAUUUUUCAUUACAUCUUAUGUCUAAAGCCUGCUCUGGAUGUCUCAUUUUGGGACAAACUAUUUCUUUAGUGGGUCAAGCCAGGGAUAAAUUGAGAGAUUCUUUAAUUUCUCAGCCUAGUUAUAAUAUAUGAAUAUUGUGAGGUUGUAUUUUUUAAAAAGCAUAUAUAUGGCAGGGAAGGAUUUUGUGAGACUUGACCGUGAAGGAACUUCCACUGCUAUUUUUGUCACCUUUUAUGUGUGUUAUGUUUUGAGACCCUCAAAGGGCUGGCCUAUACUAUCCUCACUUAGUUUUCUCACCCAUCCUGUCUGUCCUUCCCUCCUGGAUUCCACGACAUUGAGCACCAGCCAAGAGGUUCAGGAGAGGAUUUUGUGACGCAGGAAAGAAGGAAGCGGCAGGCCCCGUGCCAGUGGCCGGUCCCAGCACACUCCAGUAUAACUCCAGGCGAGCGCCCUGUAAAGAAUCAGGUCCAGGUUUGGAUAACUAUGCAUCCACCCUGAGACUCUUAUUUUAACAAAAACCAAACAAAAUGCACUCAGAAGUCCUGACCUACCCUAGCCAUUGAAGUGAUCAGAGGCAACCCCACAUUAAUAAGCACGGCCUGAUUAGCAGCUUUGUCCUCUUGAUUUUGGGGUUUUCCUCUCUGAACUGCCUAGUGCAUCAUAGCUAGGCCUAACCCAGCAAAGCAGGAGCCAAAGGCCUCUCUGCUGGGAGCGGUAACAAGCCCAGCUACAGACUGGGGGGGUGACCUGUCAGCUGUCACCUGCUGCUUCUCACCCAGUCAGGGAAAUGGAUGCACCACUGGGGGCGACAAAAGACCAGGAGCAGUAACAACCAUCUUUUUCUUCACUUGAAUCUUUUCUGCUUUGACCCUUGGCGGCUUAUGCAUCCCAGAGAGAUCCCUCUAAGCCAAAGAAAACAGAUUGACAGAUUGUCCCAACCUACGCAAAGGACCUGGAAAGCUACUCCUCACAAAACUCAAGCCAGUUAGUUGAGAAGUGUGAGUGGGACGAACAACAGUCUAAUCGCAUUGCUGGUGAGGCUGGGGUGCCCCCAAACUGGUCUUCUAUUCCCUCCUCCCACGCUAAAAAUACAGAAGGCUAGUAUCUUGACCUUCUAAAUGCGAAAAGAGGUUUUAUAAUAAGCCAUGCUGCCGUGUAAACACAUUAUUAAGGUUUGAAUUCUUAUUUCUGACAGUUUCAAAGAGUUGAAUAGAUCAGGUAAAAAGAGGUAAGGGAAUUUUUGUUUAUUUUUUGGGGGGGAGGGGGUAGUUGUUGAACGGGUAGGUUUUCUAUGACCUGUUCUAGAACAGCAAAGAAGGAUAAAUGUGUGCUCUGUGGUAUUUCUGAAUCAGCUUCUCUUUAGGAAUCAACUUUUGUCAAAUUUAAUGAUGCGAUAUUUACAUCAUAAAUCGGAGGUUAUCUCUCUGG